AUGUCCGACCCUCCAGUCCCGGUCUCAACCGCGUCUUCCACCUCGGCCACCGCCACCACUACUGCAUCCUCCACCUCCUCCUCCUCUCCGUUUAUCUGCUCCGUCUGCUCCAAGUCGUACAAACGCCGCGAACACCUGCAACGCCAUGCCGUCUCACACGCGUCCGUGCCGCCGCACCGGUGCUCCAUCUGCGGCAGCGGAUACCGCCGGGUGGACGUGCUGAAGCGGCACUUUGUGACGUGCCAGACGCGGCAGGGCGGCGCUCUCUCGGUCAAGAGAACAGCAUGCGACCGGUGUGUGCAGUCGAAGCGGGGCUGCAGCACGGGACAGCCGUGUACCAACUGCGGCGUCAGGGGACUGGCGUGCCACUAUUCGUUUACGAGAGCAGCAGCAGAUGAGACACAAUGGCGUGACGAUACGCGCAUCGAAGAUGCCGAGCACGACGACAGUGUCAACGAAGGCACCAACGACAGGAACGACAGCACAAAUGGCGGCGGUCGUCUCGGCGCUUCAGACAACCAUGUCGACAACCGCCUUGUACUCGUCGACGGCAUGAACGGAAUACACGGUUCUUUCGGAGACACAGUCCUCCCAGCAAACACAGCUCUCUCCACGACCGACAUCGACAUGCCCACGAUGUUGGAACUCGGCCAGCCGUCGCCGUUUGUCUACUUGGAUGGCAGCGCUGCCGAGUUUCUCUUGGACAGCAGCCACUCACACGGUGCAGCCGACAAUGACAGCUGGCUGGACUUUUUGAAUUUGACAACUGCGAGCGCGAACAUGACUGCAAACACACAGAUACACAACCAAGUGGACAACGCAACAAACGUCCAUGUGCUGGCAUCAUCGACCGGUCAUGUCCCAGCCCAGAAACAGCUGCCCAUCUCAUACACGUUCUACUUUCUCGACAACUUCACAAAGAAGACCGGGCUGGUCACGUUUGACUGCGGCACGCGCCGUCAGGCCCUGCAGGUUGUGGAGUCGUUGGGGUUGGGUGAUACCGGUGUCGGCCGUUCUGCGGGCCUCCCAUCUCGCGAUGUGGCCGGCGUCGCCGACCCGUUCCUGUCUCUCCAGCCCUCCCUCUCACCCUCACCGGCGCCCUUCCAGGACCCGCUGAUUGUCAAAACCCACCAGAUCCUCUUCCGCAUCCGCGAGGUCGCCACGGUCAAGCCGCGCAACAGCACCGUGACGCUCGACUGGUCGCCCGCCGUGGAGCAGCAGUGCCUGCAGUUCUUCUCGCCGGGCAACCUGCGCAAGUUCCUGGCGCUCUACUGGGCGCGCUGGCACCCCAACGUCAACAUGGUGCACCGGCCGACGUUUGACGCCGUCGACGCCAAGUGCGUGCUGGUGGUGGCCAUGGCGCUGAUCGGCGCGUGCAUGUCGCCCGACGCGAGCGACUACGAGCAGGCGCGCAUCUGGUUCAACUGCGUCGAGGAGGUGGUCUUUAUCGACGACGACUUUGGCAGUCCGCCGCGGCCGGGCGCGUCGGGCGCGUCGGCGGCGGCGUUUGACCCGCUGGCCCACCGCCGCACGAUCCAGGCCCUGCAGGCGUCGUACAUUGUGUGCCUGUACCAGAACUGGGAGGGCACCGACGAGAGCAAGCAGCGCAUCCGGCGCUAUCGCUUCAGCACGGUGGUGUCGGUGGCGCGGGACAUUGGCAUCGGCGCCGCGCGGCACGUCGACUACGGCGGCACGGCGCCGACCGAGACGCACGACUUCCACUGGAAGGCCUUUGUGGCCCGCGAGCAGCUGAUUCGCACGUUCCUGUGGAUCUACCUGCUGGACCAGGCCUUUGCCAUCUUCAACAACCUGCCGCCGCGCGUCAUGAUCAAGGAAAUGGUCAUGCACACGGCCUGGCCCGAGUCGACGUUCCAGGCCACGACGGCCGCCGACUGCGCGCGGGCGGCCCACCAGUGGCUGCGCCGGUGCGCGCUGCACAACGGGCACGGCAUGCGCAGCCUGCUGCACUGCACGCUGCGCGAAAUCGUCGAGUCGUUUUGCUCCGCCCCGCUGUCGCCGGCCGUCUGCCGCGCGUUCGCCGACCUCGGCCCGCUGAAUCUGUUUUGCAUCGUCUCCGCCUUCCACUUCCUCCUCUUCCAGAAGCAAAACUCGUUUGGCGGCGAGGACCAGCUGCACGCCAUCCGCACGGGGCUGGCCAACUGGAAGGCCGUCUGGGAGCUCUACAAGCACGAAUUUGCCUCGGGGCCGCCGCACACCAUGGUGCCCAUGCCGCCAGCAAAAGCAGGCAAAAAGGCCCGCCAUGCCGACCACGACGAUGACGACAGUAAUGACAACGACGACGACGACGACGACACAACCGCGCCCGAAGACAUGUGGCGCCGCACGGGUUUCAUGCGGCACUCGCCCGAGUACUGGCUGCUGGCUCACAUGGUCAUCAACCAGUUGUCGUCGUCCUCGUCGUCGUCGUCCUCGUCGGUGCCGGCGUCAUCGACUUUGUCGACUCGGAAGCCAACAGGGCUGUCUAAACAAUCGUCUGCACGGAUGCCCACAUUGAUGCCGACAUAUAUGAAUGCCAGGACUGACAUGGCCGACGAGAGCGAGAGCCUGCAUGCACACCCUGCCGUUGACAACACCGCCGCCGACCCCAUCCUGACAAAGUACGACGAAACGAGCAUGCGGCAAGUCAACGACUUGAUUAGCCAGUUUAGGAAUGUACAGCUAAUGUAG